ACGUGGGUAGAGGUUGUGACCUGUGACCCCGGGGUUGGGGAGGACCAUGGCUCUGUAUGUGAAGGCGGCCGCCAUUCUGGGGCAGGUGGAGGGGAAACGGGGAUCGGUCAAAACCCUGGUUUAUAACAGCGGCCACAAGAAUAUUAAGCAGCUGUUUGCGCUGGUGUGUGAAACACUGAAAUAUACUCCUGUGUUGAAGGAAAUUAUUAGCACAACAGACCUGUUGAAGAAGGAGAAGAAACUGCAGAUCAAUGUCGCCAAGGUACUGGUGUACGACCUCCUGUUUGGCAAGGGCUUGAAGUGUGGUGGGAGUUGGAAAGCACUGAUCAUGAAACAUCGUUCCCAAUUAAAAUCUGCACUCGCCAGACUGAAGGUGAAAAGGAAAGUCAGCUGCAAUGAAGAUCUUAUAGAAACGAAAGCUUCCAGCACAGAAGUUUGCCAGCUGCCUCGCUAUGUCAGAGUAAACCUGCUGAAAAACAAUGUGGAGGAUGUGAUUGACUACUUCAAACGUGAGGGUUACGCUUACCUGGGGCAAGCCACCAGUGUAGCUGAUCUGAGGCAUCUUGGUCGGAAACAGUUCAUCGGUGACCUUCAUCUCCCAGAAUUGCUGGUCUUUCAUCCGAAGACAGAUCUUCAUGAACACUUCUUAUACACAGCUGGGCAUAUCAUUCUACAAGAUAAGGCCAGUUGUCUCCCAGCCUAUCUGUUGAACCCUCCAGCAGGUUCCCACGUGAUUGAUGCAUGUGCAGCCCCUGGGAACAAGACCAGCCACCUUGCUGCUAUUCUCUGUAAUAAAGGGAAACUCUUUGCCUUUGAUCUUGACACUAAACGCUUGGCUACAAUGGGCACUCUGCUAUUGAGGGCUGGAGUUACCUGCCACGAACUGGCCAAUCAGGACUUCUUACUUGUGGAUCCCAGCAACCCCAAGUACCAUGAUGUAAAGUAUAUUCUACUGGAUCCAUCAUGCAGUGGUUCUGGAAUUGUAAACCGCUUGAACCAGCUCACAGACGAUGAGGAGUCAUCGUCCACACAACGGCUACAGGCGCUAGCAAGUUUCCAGGGCAAGGCCCUCAAUCAUGCACUGAGCUUUCCGAGUGUGGAACGGGUCAUUUACUCGACAUGUUCAAUCCAUUGUGAGGAGAAUGAGGACGUCGUUGAGGAGAUAUUACAGCAACAUGGCAACCGAAUCAGACUGGUCAAUCUGAUGCCCUCAUGGCCAUAUCGUGGUCUGGACACUUUCCCAGAAGGCCCGUGCUGUAUUCGGGCUGGACCCAAAGACACUUUGACAAAUGGUUUUUUUGUUGCCGUGUUUGAAAAGCAAUGUGGGGAGAAGACAGAGCAAAGCAGAGAGAGCCCUGCUAAAGAAGCGACAUCACUUCCUGCUGUUGGCCUUGUUCCUGUGAACAUAUCAGAAAAAAAACCUGUGGCUUCCUCACUAUCUGCUCGGCCUAGAAAAGUGAAACCGAAAAAAGUGAAGAAGCAGAAAGUCUAACCGUUGCAGGCUAGAGGGGAUGAAUUGGGAAUUUGAAAAGUGUAAGAAUCCAUUGUGGAAAACUUCGGUGGUGCUCUUCACAUCUAUCUAUGAUGAUUCAGACAAAGAAGCGAAAAUGUGACUAGAACAGGGUGGUGGAUCAUCUUUCUCUGAAUAUGAAUGAGCCCCUUUUUGUGGACUUAGACCAAAGAUGUCCUCCGUCAUUCUGGAGUUAACUGAUUUCAGACGUUAUGGUGCUGCUGCUUCCUCUCUCUUCCCCACCACAUACAGUGGACAAAGCUGAUUGCAUCUUCCUUCAAUACUUGCUGUCCAGGAUGACCCUAGAGUGGUUUUGACAGAAGACUUGAAGGCCCAGUAGAGCUGUUAUGCCAAACCUGGUGAUUUAUUGCUAAAUCAAUUGUACACAUUUCCCAAAUUUGUACCCCUAAGACCUGAGAGUGUGAAGAAAAUGUGUAAAUUAAUGUGUCAGAUCUUCCCAGCUCAAUCUUUACUGAAAGUGUCUACAGUGUGAUUCUAUUUCACAAUUUUUGUUCUAUUUUAUAUGGUUAAUUAAUUUGAUAUUCCUUUGCUCCUGAUUUGAUUGUUGCCUGAAAUAUAAUUGGGAAAAAUAAAGCAUAACUAUGACAAGUUAA